CUGCUUCACGCUGUCUUGCAGGACCCGCUCACUGGCACGAGCACUUCCCCAUCGCCAAUGGCGAGCGCCAGUCCCCCAUUGACAUUAGCAGCAAGUCUGCCAAGUACGACUCCUCUCUGAAGCCUCUCAGCUUCAGUUAUGAUGCCGGCACGGCUAGAAACAUCGUCAACAACGGGCACUCCUUCAACGUGGAGUUUGAUGAUUCCUCCGACAAGUCAGUGCUGCAAGGAGGAGCGCUGGAUGGGGUCUACAGGCUGGCACAGUUCCACAUUCACUGGGGAUCCUGUGAGGGCCAAGGGUCUGAGCACACUGUGGAUGGUGUGAAGUAUGAUGCAGAGCUCCAUAUCGUUCACUGGAACGUAAAAUAUGGGAAAUUUGCUGAAGCUGUGAAGCAUCCUGAUGGUUUGGCUGUGGUAGGCGUCUUAAUGAAGGUCGGAAAUGCCAGGCCUGAAAUACAGAAGGUUGUGGAUGCUCUGAACUCUGUUCAGACCAAGGGGAAGCAAGCUUCCUUCACAAACUUUGACCCCACUGGAUUGCUUCCUGCAUGUAGAGACUAUUGGACGUACCCCGGCUCACUGACCACUCCUCCACUUCUUGAAUGUGUCAUCUGGCAUGUUCUGAAGGAGCCCAUCACUGUCAGCCCCGAGCAGGUNNGCAAACUCCGUGGCCUUUGCUUCAGUGCGGAGAACGAGCCUGUGUGCCAUAUGGUGGACAACUGGCGCCCGUGUCAGCCUUUGAAGAGCAGAGAAGUCAGAGCUUCCUUCCAGUAACCUCAGCGCUGAGUGCAUUAGAAAUUGCUGUGUUUGUGAGGAGCCCCUUUUGCUAAGCACAAAUCAAACCUUUGCCAUGUGUGCCCUGGCAACAUCUUGUCUCCCAGAUCCAUUCUUUCUUUCGCUCAGCAUCUAAAAUGCCAGCUAAUGAAAUGUGAAAGGCUCUCGGCCAAAUAGGAAAGGAUUCUUAAGGUGUGGGGUUGGGGGGGAAGCAUAGGGUGGGGGGAGGUGGUGGCUGUGUGCUUUUUGGUGACUAUUACUGCGACUGACACUUCGGUAUAACAGUAUGUUGGGAGAGGAUAUGGUGGUAGCGAAAUAAGCCAUUUUAAGAAACCUCAUCCACUGGUGUGAUAGUACACAACUAAUGAUAACUUGAAGCUUUGUGAAAAGCACAGGAAUACAGAAUCUAGGUAUGAUUUAGGAAAAAAAGUAUUUUGAGAAAGUAAAGCAAAAUGAAUAUUGAGAAUUAGACUUUUUAGAUUUUAGAAACUGACAUGUAAAUAUUUUUGAGACCAUUUUACAUUUUUACCCAUGCUAUCAACAACCUUGAUUAUGUCUUAAUGGUAGUGUUGGAUUUUUUUAAUUAAAAAUGUCCUAAAUUAAGUAUUAUCUUUACAAGUUGUUAUUACCAUAGAAAUAAUACAAAGUAUCUUUUCAUUGAAAUAAUAUAUGCUCUAAUUUAAAGAGGAAAAUAAUAUUGUAUUUUAGAUAACUUCUCUAAUAAAUCUAUACUU